CAAUCUCAUUUCUAUCUGUAAAGUUCUUGACUUGGUACUAGGCACUGACCAUAGAUCCCAUCGAUCGACAGCUUCCAUUUGAUAACAACUCCGGCCAUGGAAACAAGCUCAUAAAAAGAUCCCCUUUCCUUCAUCAUCACCAUCGUCUGCGGCGGCGAUAGAUGGCAUUCGCUUCCCACAGUGGUGGUGGCAACACCCGCCGUGGAGGAGGCGGAAGUUGGAUCCACUCUCUCCUACCCACCUCUUCUCCUUCCUCAUCUUCUAACCCUAAAUCCAAGCUUCCUCGUAAAUUCCGUAAGCGAACCGCCGUAAGAGACUUCCUAUUCUCCAAUUUCUUCGCCAUCGGUCUCAUUAUCUCCCUAUUCUUCUUCCUCUUCGUAAUUUUCCGUUACGGCGUUCCUCGUCCACUGACUUCCCAUUUCAGCAACAAUCGUAAUAAUCUAAAUCCGAAGCCGAGGAAACCAAUUUAUCGGAAACUGCCGUCUAUGGCGGUCCGCGAUGUCAUUGCAGGCGCAGUUGUUGAUAUAACAACGAAGGAUUUGUACGAUAAGAUCGAUUUUAAGGAUGUUGAUGGCGGAGCUUGGAAACAGGGUUGGGAUGUUAAGUAUAAAGGCGAUGAGUGGGAUUCUGAGAAAUUGAAGAUUUUCGUUGUUCCACAUUCGCAUAAUGAUCCUGGUUGGAAAUUCACUGUUGAAGAGUACUAUGAGAGACAGUCUCGCCAUAUUCUCGAUACUAUUGUAGAAAUUCUUUCUAAGGAUUCUCGCCGCAAAUUUAUCUGGGAAGAAAUGUCUUAUUUAGAGAGAUGGUGGAGAGAUGCUUCACAAGGUAAAAGAGAUUCUUUCAUAAAAUUAGUAACAGAUGGGCAGCUAGAAAUUGUUGGAGGUGGAUGGGUUAUGAAUGAUGAGGCAAACUCGCAUUUUUUUGCUAUCAUUGAACAGAUGACUGAAGGGAAUACAUGGCUGAAUGAAACUGUUGGAGUUAUACCUAAGAAUUCAUGGGCGAUAGAUCCAUUCGGUUAUUCAUCAACCAUGGCUUAUCUAUUACGUCGAAUGGGCUUUGAGAACAUGCUCAUACAGAGGACUCAUUACGAACUCAAGAAGGAAUUGGCUUUAAACAAGAAUUUGGAGUAUGUUUGGAGACAAAGCUGGGAUGCCCAGGAAACAACCGACAUUUUUGUCCAUAUGAUGCCAUUCUAUUCUUACGAUAUCCCUCAUACUUGCGGGCCAGAACCUGCAGUUUGUUGUCAGUUCGAUUUUGCUCGAAUGCGUGGAUUCAUGUACGAAUUAUGCCCUUGGGGAGAACACCCAGUUGAGACCAAUGAAGAGAAUGUCAAAGAGAGGGCAUUGAAGCUUCUAGAUCAGUACCGUAAGAAAUCUACUCUGUACCGAACAAAUACACUUCUUGUUCCUCUUGGCGAUGAUUUUCGUUAUAUAAGUAUUGCUGAGGCAGAAGCCCAGUUCAGAAAUUAUCAACUGCUCUUCGAUUAUAUAAAUUCAAAUCCCAGCUUGAACGCUGAAGCGAAAUUCGGUACUCUGGAAGAUUACUUUCGAACAGUGAGGGAGGAAUCCGAUAGAAUAAAUUAUUCACGUCCUGGAGAGAUUGGCUCCGGCCAGAUUGGUGGUUUUCCUUCUCUUUCGGGUGAUUUCUUUACAUACGCAGACAGGCAAAAUGAUUACUGGAGCGGCUACUAUGUAUCUAGACCGUUCUUCAAAGCUGUUGAUCGUGUGCUAGAGCAAACACUUCGCGCAGCCGAAAUUCUGAUGAGUUUUCUGUUAAGUUAUUGUCAGAGAGUGUCUUGUGAGAAACUUCCAGUCGGUUUCUCCUACAAGUUGACGGCUGCGAGAAGAAAUUUGGCUCUUUUUCAGCAUCACGACGGUGUGACGGGUACAGCUAAGGAUCAUGUGGUGGCAGAUUAUGGAUCGCGAAUGCAUCAGUCUUUGCUGGACCUGCAGAUUUUCAUGUCGAAAGCGAUCGAAGUAUUACUCGGAGUUCGAAAUGAUAAAGCCGAGCCAACUCCCGCCCAGUUUGAGCCGGCUCAGAUAAGAUCUAAAUUCAAUGCAUUACCGACUCAUAGAGUUAUCAGUGCUAAGGAAGGAACGGCGCAUUCGGUUGUCCUUUUCAACCCUCUUGAGCAAUCGAGAGAUGAGAUCGUGAUGGUUGUGGUCGAUAGGUCGGAUGUUACUGUUCUGGAUUCUAAUUGGGCUUGCGUUAAAAGCCAAAUCUCACCCGAGUUUCAGCACGAUAAAGGCAAGAUCUUCACGGGUAGGCAUCGAGUUCACUGGAAAGCUACGGUUCCUCCUCUCGGUUCCCAAGUAUACUACAUUGCAAAUGGAUUUGUGGGAUGCGAAAAAGCCAGGCCCUCAAAAGUCAAAAUUUUCACAAAGUCGAAGCAUGUUCCCUGCCCCGCUCCUUACGCUUGUUCGAAGCUUGAAGGCGAAACAGCCGAAAUUCGAACAGACCGUCAAACGCUAACUUUUGACGUGAAUCGUGGUUUGUUGCUGAAAGUAAACCGAGAUGAUGGUUCUCAAAAUCUUAUCGGUGAGGAGAUUAGUAUGUACUAUAGUCCCCAUAGCGGCGCGUACCUAUUUAAACCAAACGGCGAGGCAGAACCGAUUGUCCAAACCGAUGGUCAGAUGGUUAUUUGUGAAGGACCUCUCAUGCUGGAGGCUUUCUCUUACCCUAAGACAACGUGGGAUAAAUCUCCAAUCUCGCAUAGUACCCGAAUAUUUAAUUGCGAGAACUCCACUCAAGAUUUCAUCAUCGAGAAAGAGUACCACGUCGAACUCCUCGGGGACGAUUUCAACGAUAAGGAACUGAUUGUUAGAUACAAAACCGACGUGGAUAACAAGAGGAUAUUUUAUUCCGAUUUGAACGGUUUCCAAAUGAGCCGUAGAGAAACCUACGAUAAGAUCCCGGUCCAAGGAAACUACUACCCAAUGCCGUCGCUCGCAUUCAUGCAAGGAUCGAACGGGCAACGAUUCUCCGUCCAUACCCGUCAGUCAUUGGGCGUGGCAAGUUUGAAAGACGGUUGGUUGGAGAUAAUGCUCGACCGUAGAUUGGUAAGAGACGAUGGACGCGGUCUAGGACAAGGUGUGAUGGAUAACAGACCAAUGAAAGUAGUAUUCCACAUUCUUUUCGAAUCCAACAUUUCUUCAAUUACGGGUACAGUCUCGAGCCAUCCAUUGAACCCGUCUCUUCUGUCUCAUAAAGUCGGGGCUAGCUUGAACUAUCCAAUGCACAUGUUUUUAGCAAAGAAACCGCAGGAAGUGACUGUGCAACCGCCCCCAAGAUCAUUCUCUCCUCUUUCCAUGCCUCUGCCGUGUGACUUACACAUUGUGAGCUUUAAGGUUCCACGUCCCUUAACACCGCAACAUUUAGGAAGUACGAGGUUUGUUUUGAUGUUACAGAGGUGGCAUUGGGAUUCGUCUUAUUGUCGGAAAGGCAGGUCGAAUUGUACGAGUAUAGCGGAUGAACCUAUAAACUUGUUCGACAUGUUCAAGCGUCUGGUUGUAUUGAAAGUGAGGAGCACUUCUCUGAAUCUUUUACACGAGGACAAGGAGAUGCUCGGGUAUAACAGCGAGAAAGGAGACGAAACUCAACAAGGUCAAGUUCUUAUUUCUCCGAUGGAGAUUCAAGCUUACAAGUUGGAGUUAAGGCCCCAUCAAUGACUCAUAUUUUAUGUGCUACAUUAGCCAACUGCGGUUGCCCAUGAUCCUGCCUUAUGAAGAACAAGUGCCUAUUUUUUGAGGUAGGUGGGUUUUGUCUUUGAGAGGGUUCAAUUAAAAUAUAGUAAGAGAGGAGUGGUAGAUAGCUUAGACUAUAGGUACUGGUUUAAUCAUAUAAUCAAUGGACAUGAUUUUGGCAUUUGGGUCCAUGUUGCAAACUUUUUGAGGUUUAUUUCAUAUUGUUAAAGAUGUUCAUUGUUGUUGUAGAAAAGUUACAUUAAUGGUCUAUUAUGGUUAUUCUAUAUCUAAUUCUCAUAAACUU